AUGGGCGCAUGUACCAAGGCUCCUCAAGCUUUGAUCAUCUCAGAAUUCUGCUCUGGUGGGACCGUCUUCGCCUUGCUUCAUCAGCGGCGCGAUUUGUCGCUCCCUUGGCCCCAGCGGCUUCCGAUUGCCUUGGACGUGGCGAAGGGGAUGAACUUCCUCCAUCGGCGGCAGGUUGUCCACAGAGACCUGAAAUCGCUGAACUUGCUCCUGGCCUGCCCAAUCCGUGGGUCCGAUGAUGUUCCCGGCGUGAAGGUGUCCGACUUUGGCCUGUCGCGUGCCUUCCGCCCCGAUGCGGCGCAGGCCGUGAUGACCAAUGGUGCUGGAACCUACCACUGGAUGGCUCCAGAGGUCUUGUCUGGCCAAGGCUACGACGAAAAAGUCGACGUCUAUUCAUAUGGUAUUUGCCUUUUCGAGCUCAUCACGCGGCGCAUCCCGUACGAGGGCUCAGGUUUGGAGCCGGUAUCCAUCGCAGUGGCAGUCAGCAGGGGCAAGCGGCCGGAUGUGGCGUUCAUCCCUGAGGACACCCCCGCAGACCUGCGCUUCACAAUGAAAUGCUGCUGGGCACACCGUUCCAGCGGGCGUCCAGGUUUCGAUACGAUCCUGGAGACUCUGAAGCUCGUCAAGUCCACGAGGCUUCCACGGCCCAGAGGAAUUCCAUUCUUGCAACAAAGCCAGUCCGGUAAUCAACAACCGAGCGGCCGGGAAGGAAGCUGCUGCAAGCAUCAAGUGAUAGGCAGUGCUAAGCCAUGA